UUACACCGGGGCUGCCGAGGGACUUGUCCCCCUGUCCCUGUGAGUUUUUUUGCCUCUUGCACGGCGCGCUACCUGUCAAAGAGUCCGUUGACUCUCUGACAAUAGCAACUUCCAGCGCUUUACGGAGGUAUUAAAAGUCACCGUAUCCUCGUUUGCCUUUUUUUUGACCCGAGCAGCAGAGGAAGAAACGUGUUAAGGACGAGCCCCCACCUCCCCUUUUUCUUCUUCUCUCCUUGUUACCUGCAGCUAACUUCAACAACAUUAAUUCAUCCGCCUGGCUAUCAAGUUACCGGAGAGAGGAGUAGCUUCAUGUGGAGUGACAUUUACAGUCUCUUCGGUGUCAUCGGCUAACAAAUCCUCUUUGCGCCUUUUUUUUUUUGUGCCCACUUUCUUGUCUUAUUCGCUGAAACUGUUUUGAAUGGGGAGGAGGAACACGUUUGGUUUGUGUGCUUGUAGACUGUCGACAAGUCAACUGAAGGGGAGAUAGAUCUCUCUUUCUCCUCCUCCGACGUCGGCUGCACUGUCACCAUCGGGGAGGUGAACAGGUGCCUUACCUGUGAACACCACCUGCCUCGUCCUCCCCUUAGCAAUGGCUAGCGAGGAGACAGCGGGUCAUGAUGGGCAGGACGGGAGACCGGGCGCGAUGGCGCUUAACCCCGGAGUGCCUAUCAAGGGGAUAAGGAUGAAAUUCGCCGUCCUUGCUGGCCUGGUGGAAGUUGGAGAAGUUUCCAAUCGAGACAUUGUGGAGACGGUGUUCAACCUGCUGGUCGGCGGCCAGUUUGACCUGGAGAUGAACUUCAUCAUCCAAGAACCCGAGAGCAUCGUGUGCAUGGUGGAGCUGCUAGAUAAGUGCGAGCCCACGUGUCAGGCCGAGGUCUGGAGCAUCUUCACCGCCAUCCUGAAGAAGAGCGUCCGCAACCUGCAGGCAUGCACGGACGUUGUGCUCAUCCAGCAAGUGCUCGAGCGGAUAUCCACUACGGACAGCAUGAUUGCAGACCUCCUGGUGGACAUGUUGGGCGUGCUCGCCAGCUACAGCAUCACAGUGAAAGAGCUGAAGCUUUUCUUCAGCAAGCUGCAAGGGGAAAAAGGCCAGUGGCCUCGUCAUGCAGUGAAGCUUCUGUCAGUUCUGAAGUACAUGGCUCACAGAAGUGGCCCAGACUCCUUCUUCAGCUUUCCAGGGAAAAAUGCAGCUGCUAUAGCUCUGCCUCCUAUAGCAAAAUGGCCGUACCAGAAUGGGUUUACGUUCCACACGUGGCUCCGCAUGGAUCCCCUCAACAACAUCAAUGUAGACAAAGACAAGCCUUACCUAUACUGUUUCCGCACCAGUAAAGGCAUGGGUUACUCUGCACACUUUGUGGGCGGCUGUUUGAUAGUGACCUCAUUAAAAUCCAAGGGGAAAGGAUUCCAGCACUGCGUGAAGUACGACUUCAAACCACAAAAGUGGUACAUGGUGACUCUCGUUCACGUCUACAACCGCUGGAAAAACAGCGAGAUUAGCUGCUAUGUGAACGGGGAGCUGGCUUCCUUUGGAGACAUCGCCUGGUUUGUCAACACCAGUGACACGUUUGACAAGUGUUUCCUUGGAUCGUCGGAGACAGCAGAUGCCAACCGUGUGUUCUGUGGACAGAUGGGGGCUGUUUACCUGUUUGGAGAGAGUCUCAGUGCUGCUCAGAUACUGGCUAUCUAUCAGCUGGGUCCAGGUUACCAGGGCACAUUCAAGUACAAGGCUGAGAGUGACUUGCUGUUUGCAGAGCAUCAUAAGACCUUACUGUACGAUGGCAAACUGUCCUCCAGCAUCGCCUUCACUUACAACCCUCGCGCCACAGAUGCCCAGCUCUGCCUUGAGUCCUCUCCUAAGGACAACGCCUCCAUUUUCGUCCACUCACCGCACUCUCUCAUGCUGCAGGACGUGAAGGCCGUGGUGACUCACUCAGUCCAGAGUGGCAUACACUCCAUCGGAGGCGUGCAGGUCCUCUUCCCUCUGUUUGCACAGCUGGAUUUCUGCCAGCCCUCCAGCCACGAGCUGGACACCUCCGUCUGCUGCACUUUGCUUUCCUUUGUGAUGGAGCUCUUAAAGAACUCCGUGGCUAUGCAAGAACAGGUCCUGGCCUGCAAAGGCUUCCUCGUCAUUGGCUACACUUUGGAGAAGUCUUCCAAGGUGCACGUGACCCGGCCUGUCCUGGACAUCGUGCUGGCCUUUUCCAGAUACCUUAGCAAUUUGCAGAACGGCAUCUUGCUGCUCAAGCAGCUGUGUGAUCACAUUCUGUUCAACCCUGCCAUCUGGAUUCAUGCCCCUGCCAAGGUGCAGCUAACACUCUACACUUACCUAGCAACAGAGUUCAUCAGCACCGUCACCAUCUACAACACCAUCCGCAGAGUGGGCACUGUACUUCAGGUCAUGCACACACUGAAAUACUACUACUGGGUUGUGAACCCACAGGACCGCAGCGGAGUUGUGCCCAAAGGCCUCGAUGGUCCAAGGCCAAAAGACAAGGAGCUCUUUCCUUUGCGAGCCUUUCUGUUGUUGUUUGUCAAGCAGCUCAUCAUGAAGGAUCAUGGAGUGAAGGAAGACGAGCUACAGAGUAUCCUCAACUACCUCCUUACCAUGCACGAGGAUGAUAAUCUCAUGGACGUCCUGCAGUUGUUGGUCGCUCUGAUGUCGGAACAUCCUGGGUCCAUGGUCCAGGCCUUCGACCAGCGCAACGGGAUUCGUGUGGUCUACAAGCUUUUGGCCUCAAAAUGUGAACCAAUCCGAGUGCAGGCACUCAAAGUUAUGGGCUACUUCCUGAAACACAUGACACCAAAGAGAAAAGCUGAGGUCAUGCUGAGUCACGGCCUCUUCUCGCUGCUCACUGAACGCCUGAUGCUGAACUCCAACCAAUUCACCAUGACAACCUACAAUGUGCUCUUUGAGAUUCUCACAGAGCAGAUCUGCACUCAAGUGAUCCAUAAACAGCAUCCGGACCCCGACUCCACUGUGAAGAUUCUCAACCCACAAAUUCUGAAGGUUAUAGCUGCUCUGCUGAAGAACUCGCCCCCAUCUGCCGAGAGCAUGGAGGUGCGCAGGGUCUUCCUGUCAGACAUGAUCAAACUGUUUAAUAACAGCCGAGAGAACCGCAGGAGCCUGCUGCAGUGCUCCGUGUGGCAGGAGUGGAUGCUCUCUCUGUGCUUCAUCAAUCCCAGAAACAGCGAGGAGCAGAAAGUCACAGAGAUGGUGUACGCCAUCUUCCGCAUCCUGCUCUAUCACGCCAUCAAGUACGAGUGGGGCGGCUGGCGCGUCUGGGUGGACACCCUGUCCAUCACCCACUCCAAGGUCACCUUUGAGCAACAUAAAGAGAAUCUGUCUCGUAUGUUCAGUCAGUACCAGCGUCAGGAGUCCGCGGGCUCUCUGAGAACCAUUUCUGGUGUCAGCCAGAGCUCGGAGACCACUGAGUGUGAAAACGGGCCGCCUGCGGAGGAGACUCCCCCUUCUACUGUCAUUGAGCUCACAGUGGACGAGACUUCCCAGAAGUCCCCUGACUUAGCAUCUGGUUCCACCAUCACGUCCAGCCCACUGGAUGCUACAAGUGAACAGGGACAGGCAUCCAUCACUGUGUCCAACAUCCUUGCCAGGGCUGAAGAGGAAGAAGAGUCUUCCAAAGGUAGCUCAGGCAUUGAGAAGAAGACUGAAGCCUCUGUGACACAGAUAAAUAAUCAAGAUGAACAGAGUGGAGAGACCAGCAAGGAGGAAUCUGUGACUGAGGCUUCAGAUGAGCACACAGAAAAGCUUCUGACAACAGGAAGCUACCAGGAAGAAACUGAUGACGUGAAGUCAACAGAAGUGGUUGAGGACUCUGCUGCAUCAUCUGCGAGAGUUGAUGCUCAAACGCCUGUAACAAAUGAUGAAAAACCUGAGAGUGAAUCCAAUGAGGGGGAAUCAUUAAACUCUAUGACGGAAGACUCUUUGAAUGAAACAGAUACAGAAGUACCAGUGAUUUCAGAACAAGAAGAUAACACCCACCAAACACCAACUAAGACUGCAGCCUGUGAAGAGAACAGUGAGCAGGUCGGAGCCUCCAUCCUUCCAGAAGAUCAGGUUGAAGUGUCGUCUGUUAGUAACCAGAGCCAACCAAGUGAUGCUGAUGAUAGCCAAGAGGAGUCUUCUUAUGCUUCUGCUGCUGCUGGCGAAGAAGGGGAGACAGGAACGAAGGAGAAGGAAAAACAUGAAGAUGAUGAAGGGAAGAAAGAGGAUAAGGGAGGACAGGAGAUAACGACAGAAGAAGAAAAAGAUGAGAAACAGGAGGUUAGCAUUCAAGAAGUCAUUGAAGGAAGUAAAACUGAAGAAAAGCAGGUGUCUACUUUAGCUGAAACACCUGAUCAAAGUAUGACAGAACCAGCAAAGGAAGAAGUUAAAGCUGAAGAGUCUUCCACAACUGAAACGGCAGACCCACAGCCCUCAGAUACCACACUGCCCUCUACAGCACAGGAGGUUACAACAGUGUCAGACUCCACCUCGCCUAGUCAACCUUCAGGAACCACAGACACCAAUGAAGAAGAAACCCAGUCCAUUCCUACAGACGGCAGCAAUGCACCCUCCAGCUCCGGCACCCAGAGGAGCUCAGACUCGGUCAACAAGACCAAAGAGAUCAAAAUUGCCCGACUUGACGUGUCAAACGUGGCCUUAGACACGGAGAGACUUGAAUUGAAGGAGACCUCUACAACAGAGACAAGCCAAGGCCAGCCGGCAGCAGCGGGAGGCUCUUCAGGCCCUCAGAGAGAGAGCAGCUCUUCAGCACCUCGAUCCACCAUGUUUCGUAUCCCAGAGUUCCGCUGGUCCCACAUGCACCAACGCCUCCUGACUGACCUGCUCUUCUCCAUAGAAACAGAUGUUCAGAUGUGGAGGAGUCACUCCACAAAGACGAUCUUGGACUUUGUGAACAGCAGUGAGAAUGUGGUGUUUGUCCACAACAGCAUACACCUCAUCUCCCAGGUGGUGGACAACCUCAUCAUGGCUUGCGGAGGCAUUUUACCUCUGCUCUCUGCUGCCACCUCCUCCUCUCAUGAACUGGAGAACAUUGAAGCAUCCCAGGGCUUGGCAAUUGAAGCCUCCAUCACCUUCUUGCAGCGCCUCAUCAACCUGGUGGAUGUUCUCAUCUUUGCCAGCUCGCUGAACUUCACUGAGAUAGAAGCAGAGAAAAACAUGUCAUCAGGAGGCAUCCUCCGGCAGUGCCUUCGCCUUGUGUGUGCUAUGGCUGUGAGGAACUGUCUCGAGUGUCAACAAGCCCAGUUUAAGUAUGGCUCAGCACACAGCUGUACAGCCAUGCCCAAUUCUGCAUCUGCACAGAGUCCUGUGGAUGCUGUGACAGGUGGAAUGUCACCAAUCAGAGACCUGGACCGACUCCUUCAGGACAUGGACAUCAACCGCCUCAGGGCCGUCGUCUUCAGGGAUAUUGAGGACAGUAAGCAGGCCCAGUUUCUGGCUCUCGCUGUUGUCUACUUCAUCUCCGUGCUCAUGGUGUCAAAGUACCGCGACAUCCUGGAGCCGCACAACGACAAGAAACACCCUCAAAGAUCCCAGUCUUCGAGAAGCACAGAUAGCGGCGCCAUUUCUGGAGGUCUAGAAGUGGAGAACGGCGUCUCUCUCCGGCGGUAUGAUUCCGGUAUCGGUGAUGACCACACCUCGACCGCCGCUAGCGAGGCAGACCUUUCAUCCUCCGGCGUGACUCACGGCCCGGACGCCAUCUCUGAGGCCUUGUCCACGCUUUCCUCUGAGGUCAGACCUUCUCUGCCCGCUGAUGCAAAAGGCAAGAACGUGAAGGACAUCCUGCGCAGCCUUGUGAGCUCUCAAGGCGAUGACCUCAUGGUGGACCCAGGUCUGCUGCCACCUGCUUUUCUUGGAGUUGCAGGCGACGCGUCCAGAGAUUUGCCGCAGAUCAGCUCAUUUGAUAGAAGUGUCAUCGUUGCACCCAAGAAAGCGGGCAUGACACCGUCUCCAGGCACUUCCGCUCCCACUCCCGUCCCAGCAACCGCUGCGGCUUCUGUGUCUGGCGGGACACCUAUCGACAGCGUAGCUGUGGUAUCUUCUGGAGAUGCCUCCCAGAGCACCUCUGCAGAGUCUGCAGCAACAGGCGGCCAGGUUCCAGCCAGCGCUAGCCUGCCAUCUGUCCCCCCACUCUCCCCUGUGACCCAGAACACAGCCCCCAAUAUGAGUAUCUCAGAGCGUCUGGAGCAUGCUCUGGAGAAGGCUGCUCCUCUACUGAGGGAGAUCUUUGUGGACUUUGCGCCCUUUCUUUCUCGGACUCUCCUUGGCAGCCAUGGACAAGAGCUCCUUAUUGAGGGCACAAGCCUGGUGUGUAUGAAGUCCAGCAGCUCCGUGGUGGAGCUCGUCAUGCUUCUGUGUUCACAGGAAUGGCAGAACUCCAUCCAGAAAAACGCAGGUCUCGCCUUUAUUGAGUUGGUCAACGAAGGAAGGCUGCUGAGUCACACCAUGAAGGACCACCUGGUCCGUGUCGCAAAUGAAGCCGAAUUUAUCCUGAGCAGACAGAGAGCUGAAGACAUCCAUAAACACGCAGAGUUUGAGUCUAACAGUGCACAGUACGCAGCGGAGAAGCGAGACGAGGAAAAAAUGUGCGACCACCUGAUCAGAGCGGCCAAAUACCGCGACCAUGUGACAGCUACGCAGCUCAUCCAGAAGAUAGUCAACAUCCUGACUGACAAACAUGGCGCCUGGGGACGGUCCUCCAUGAGCCGGCCGAGGGAGUUCUGGCGCCUGGACUACUGGGAGGACGAUUUAAGGCGGCGACGUCGCUUCAUCAGGAACCCCUCCGGUUCCACUCACUCGGAGGCCACGCUCAAAGCCGCGGCCGAACACGCAUCUGAGGAGGAUAUCCUCAAAGGGAAGCAGUCCAUCAGGAGUCAGGCUCUGGGGAAUCAGACCUCUGAGAGUGAGACGUCACUGGAUGGAGACGAUGACACGUUGUCAUCUUUAGACGAGAAGGACUUGGAGAAUCUAACAGGCCCAGUAAACUUGAGCACGAGCGCUCAGCUGGUGGCUCCGGCUGUGGUGGUGAAAGGCACCCUGUCCAUCACCGCCUCCGAGCUCUACUUCGAGGUGGAUGAGGAAGAGCUGGGCUUCAAGGCCAUCGAUCCAAAGAUCCUAGCCUAUACAGAGGGACUUCAUGGAAAAUGGCUGUUCACCGAGGUCCGUGCAGUCUUUUCCAGACGUUACCUCCUGCAGAACACCGCUCUGGAAAUCUUCAUGGCCAACCGAACUGCAGUCAUGCUCAACUUCCCAGAUGCAGCCACGGUCAAGAAGGUGGUCCACAGUCUUCCUCGUGUUGGGGUGGGCACGAACUUUGGUCUUCCACAGACCAGGCGUAUCUCUUUGGCCACACCAAAGCAGCUGUUCAAGGCCUCCAACAUGACCCAGCGCUGGCAACGGCGUGAGAUAUCAAACUUUGAGUACCUCAUGUUCCUCAACACCAUCUCUGGUCGUACCUUUAAUGACCUAAACCAGUACCCGGUCUUCCCCUGGGUUAUCACCAACUACGACUCAGAGGAACUUGACCUCACUCUGCCCAGCAACUUCAGAGAUCUGUCCAAGCCCAUCGGUGCUCUGAACCCCAAGAGGGCAGCAUUCUUCUCAGACCGGUAUGAGUCCUGGGAGGACGAUCAGGUGCCCAAGUUCCACUAUGGCACCCACUACUCCACCUCUAGCUUCACUCUGAUGUGGCUCCUGCGUAUGGAACCUUUCACCACGUUUUUCCUCAACUUCCAAGGAGGGAAGUUUGAUCAUGCUGACCGCACCUUCUCCUCAGUGUCCCGCGCUUGGAGGAAUUGCCAGAGAGACACCUCUGAUGUGAAGGAGCUGAUUCCGGAGUUCUACUACCUCCCAGAGAUGUUUGUUAACUCCAACAGCUACAACCUGGGAGUGAUGGAGGACGGCACCGGGGUCUCUGAUGUGGAGCUGCCACCUUGGGCCAAGAGCCCAGAGGAGUUUGUACGCAUCAAUCGCCUGGCUCUAGAGAGCGAGUUUGUGUCCUGCCAGCUCCACCAGUGGAUCGAUCUGAUCUUUGGCUACAAGCAGCAGGGACCUGAGGCCACCAGAGCCCUCAAUGUUUUCUAUUAUCUGACCUACGAAGGCGCAAUCAACCUGAGCUCCAUCAAUGACCCCAUGCUCAGAGAGGCUGUGGAGGCUCAAAUCAGGAGUUUUGGACAGACCCCCUGCCAGUUGCUCAUCGAGCCACACCCGCCGCGAAGCUCGGCCAUGCAAGUGACCCCGAUGAUGUUUACAGAGCAGAUGCAGCAGGAUGUAAUCAUGGUGCUGAAGUUCCCAUCUAACUCUCCCGUGACUCACGUAGCAGCAAACACCCAGCCGGGUCUGACGUCACCUGCUAUCAUCACGGUCACUGCAAACCGCCUCUUUGCUGUCAACAAGUGGCACGGCUUGACAGGUCAUCAGAGCUCAACGGUGCAGGACCAGCAGUACCAGCUACCAGUGGAAAUAGACCCUCUGAUAGCCAGCAACGUGGGGAGUCAUCGCCGUCAGAUCUCAGACUUGCUCGAUCAAAGCAUUCUGAUCAGCUCGCAGUGUUUCGUCAUCACUGCAGACAACCGCUUCAUCCUCCUGUGCGGAUUUUGGGACAAGAGCUUCCGGGUUUACUCCACUGACUCAGGUAAACUGACUCAGAUCGUCUUUGGCCAUCGGGACGUGGUGACGUGUCUGGCUCGCUCUGAGUCGUACAUUGGAGGAGACUGCUACGUGCUGUCUGGCUCCAGAGAUGCCACCUUGCUGUUGUGGUACUGGAAUGGGAAGCAUAACAGCAUUGGAGAGAGCCCAGGCAAGUUUACCACACCGCGAGCCAUCUUAACCGGCCAUGACUGUGAGGUGACGUGUGCAAGUGUGUGUGCUGAGCUGGGACUUGUCAUCAGCGGCUGCAAAGAGGGUCCUUGUCUGAUCCAUUCCAUGAAUGGGGACCUGCUGCGGACCCUGGAGGGCCCCGAGCGCUGCCUGAGGCCUCGUCUCAUCCAGUCGUCCACAGAGGGAAACUGCCUGAUCUGCUACGACAAGGGCCAGUUCUGCAUCUUCAGCGUCAACGGCAAACUGCUGGGCCACAUGGAGGUGGAAGACAGCAUCAAGGCGAUGCUCCUCAGCCGUGACGGUCAGUAUCUGCUGACAGGCGGAGAUGGAGGUGUAGUUUCUGUCUGGCAGGUUCACAACCUCAAACAGCUGUUUGCCUACCCGGGCUGUGACGCAGGAAUCCGCUCUAUGGCCAUGUCGCACGACCAAAGGUGCAUCAUAACCGGCAUGGCGUCUGGAAGCAUCGUGCUCUUCUACAACGACUUCAACAGAUGGCACCACGAGUACCAGACCAGGUACUGAACCGACCACGCAGCACCCCGACUGACCAACUGACUGACGAUGAUAAAAACUCAACUCUUUGAAGCGUGAACUCUUAAAAGACACUACGCUGUCUAAAUCCUGAAUGUAUCUCAUUGAAAAAAUAAAAAAUAAAUAUAAACGUGUCCUCUUAAAGUCACAACUAUUUUUAAAAAGGGCAUUGCUAUAUUUUGUAGAUCAGAUAGAACGUUUUCAUAUAAAUCAUAGGGGUGGGGGUUACUGUUAUUGUCGGUUACAAACAAAUCUAUUUUUAGCUGUAAGAGUCUAUUUUCAUCUCCUCUGGGGGAAAGAAACAGGGUCUGUGGGGAGCUAGUGAUAAACCUUUUGACUUCAAAAUCCAAAUAUUUGUGUACUUUAGGCUGAGUGAUUUUUUUUUUUUUCUUUCUCUUGUAGGUGUGUAUGUGGGGAAUAAUUCUAAUUGUUAAGCUAUCAUUCACUUGAUUUCUGCCGUUUUGGCAACAAAGCUUUUUCCAUUUUUUUUUGGCUGGUAGAUAUGACAUGUUUGAAUAAAUGUUAAAUGUAUUGGACAGAAGGAUAAGCAAAGAGGGAAUAUACGUAUAUACAUAUAUAAAUAACUAUAUAUUCUGUUUAAAUGUAGUCAUCCGUAUUUAAAGUUUCCACCCCCCUGUACCUCUGUGCUUGUUAAGAGAUCGCAGUUCAGUGCAUGACUCGUAUGAAACAUAUCAGACCUGUCGCAUUAUCGUUGAGUUCUUUUAACAUUAAAAACAUGACCUUAUACUUACGCUCUGUGAUGAUGAAGAUUAGCAUAGGCAGGAGAAGAAGUCAGGAAAAUGAUGUCAAGGAUUUCUUUCUCCUUUAUAUUUACAUUUCUUUCUUAAAUGACUGAAGAAGCAAACAGUAAAAUCUUAUUUUCUGACAGUUAGAGAAACAUGAAGAAGAGUGCUAAUUAGUCACGACAUAAAAAUGAAAUCAUGUCUUCAUAACUCAAGCAGAGGCCGGCUCUUCAUCUUUAAAGUCUUCUUUGAGUGCUGUCUCCAGAGCAGCUGACAGCAGCGUGAGAUGUGCAAUGAAAGGAAGGACUUUAUUUCAGUCUAUGAUUCACUCUCUUUUUGUUUCAGCACAGAGGUCUAAAUCACGGAAUGAGCGAUCAUGUUCAGACGUGAUUGAGCACUAAAACGGCAAAGCGACAUAUAUUCCUUUGGUCCGCAGUAAAAGAAAUGUCCACAUUGUAACUUUGAUUUUGAGGGAAGCAUUCCUUUGAAGUUUGCGCUUUGAUGAUGUGGUGUGAAUCUCCACAUAUAAAAUAAACUGCUGUUAUGUAUCAACCAAUAUUUUUGCAAUCAUUUUGGAGUGUUUUGUGUGCUGAGAUCUGACAAUAAAAUUGAAUUUUAUAACUUCAA